AUGAAGUUUGCCAAGAAGCUACAACAGACUCUGGAGGAGGAAGACAUUCCCCAGGAGUGGCGAACUGCUGCCAUCCAGUACAAGGCCCUGAAAAAAUGCAUCACUAAGGUCGUCAACGAGCUCGAGGAGUACGGUUUGGAAAAGGAGACCCUCGAGAUGCUGCUACAAUAUCACCAAGCCCAGCAAGACAAGGAUAAGCUACAUGAGGAGAAGGAGGAGACCAAGGAGAUUCAGUCGUCGGACCCGGCUAUCGUCUACUCGUUCGAGGGCGAUCUUCGAGAGUUCGUUCCCACCAUUACAAUAACCCUAGACAAGGAUAAGAACAUUCCCAUGGCUGCCAAGCUGUCUUCUUCGACACGAAAGAAGCUCAACCGAAUCCUGCACUCCGACAAGUCCAUUCAGGUUGUGGACAGAUCAAAGUCCGUGAUUAAGCACGUGGACUCCGAUGAAGAAGAGCUGGAGGACGCCGCCGAUCUGGAAAUGGAGCUGGACAACGAUGAGGCCAGUCUCAGCGACUCCUCUGCCAAGAAAGGUGGGGAACGACGAAGAUCUGCACAAAAUAUCUCCAACUAUCUUAAGACGAGGAAGUCCUCGGCCCAGCCUAUUCCCGUCGUCAAAACCAACAACGACAUGGAAACUCGUCCAUUGAUGAGGGUCAAUUCCGUGGGAUCUAUUGAUUCGGACAGGUCCACGUUUUCGCAAUCCUCACUCAUUUGGAACGGAGACAUGUCAGACGGCAUAUACGAAAGCGACGACGGAUUCGGGAGACGACCCAGUUAUGCGAGCAGCGUUUUUUCUCAGGCAGACUCGCGACAGGGCUCGAGAUCUGGUUCUAUGUACAACUUUGAGUCUGUUUCCAGCAGACCUACUUCUAUCAAGAAUUAUGAGUCAAGUGCAACAGUGGGUGACUCACGGCGACCUAAAGACGUGCCUCAGUUUCAGGAGAGAUUCACUCUGGCUGUUCCCACAUAUAACGGCUCAAAUAGAAUACUUGCCGCUAGUCCUACGAGCCCCACCACCAACACCAGCGGCUCUUCUUUGCAUAUCUCUCCUGGAACCUCUCCUACUGCCACUACAAAGAGUCCUCCUGCUGCAGUAUCCCCUGGAACCUCUCCCACCCACACAAUCCACCAGAUCCAGUCUAUGGUGGAACCUACUCCCACCCCUGCUCCCAAGCCGCGCUCCCAAUCUUUUGCAUCUACCGCUCCCUCUGUGGCCACAACUACCCCCAUCUCUCCACGACUCAUGUACACCGAGGACGGCCCCAAAAUGGUCAUCCAGCUGCAGUCGGACUCGGAGUUCUUCCACAUGCUCAUGAAAGAGUUGCAGGAUCUCGAUGAUCUCAAAUCGUCACUCAAAAAGACUUUUGAAGCCGAAGUGCUCGACCUAGCCAAGGAAAUCUCCACAGUCGCUUCGCCAGGAACAAAGAAAUCGGACAUGUAUAGAUGGAGACAAAUCUUCCAGCUGUACAUUGAGGCGGGCAUCUUCUUUUCGGACCACGAGGCAAUGGCAGGACCCACAAAUUCCGUUCAGGCCAAAGAACGUCUCCAGUGGUUCUGGGAUCAGCUGCAGAAGCAGUCGCUUGUUACAGGUUUCAAGAACAAGCGAUCCAGGAAGGCUUUUGUCGACUUCUGGAACCUCAACUCGGAACUGGUCAAGAACCACGUCUACCAGGAACUCAACCAGACUGCGAUCACGAAGAUUCUCAAGAAGUUCGACAAGCAAACCGCACUCACUUCGAGACAAUCUUUCCCUCCUUUCAUUGCUGCUGGUCCCAAUGGAACAGCAUCUUUAGCCAAGACGAUGAUGUACGUCAUGUCUGAACGACUCCUGUCCAUCGUACCCCAGAUUGACGACUACCUCUGUCCGAUCUGCUCAUCUAUUGCAGUCAAGCCUAUCAGACUAUCGUGUAACCAUGUCUUUUGUGUGCGAUGUCUGGUGAAGUUGCAGCGAAAGGGAGAAGACCGAUGCCCUCUCUGUCGAGAACUCAACGUGCUGGAGGCUGAUGAGUCCAACCUGGAUGAAGCCCACCUUAAGUACCUCAAGCUGUACUUCCCUAAGGAAGCGAAGGCAAAACAAAUCGAGAACGAAAAGGAGAUAACUGCCGAACAGUUUCAGAACAUCAACAACGCGAAGUGCGUCAUCAUGUAA